GGGGCAGGACUUCUUAUCCAAGUCUGAGUAGAGGAAAUCAAAGCACCGGAGAACAGGGAGGCAGCACACACUCACACAGGCCGUACCUCACUUAUCUCCAUCGUCUGAAGGUUUGUCAGCAGAGAAAAUGAACCAGUGUUUGCAGGGGAUGCUGUUUCUGUCGGUUCUGGUGGCGUUCGCCGCCUGCAACGCUCCUCCGGUACCGUUAGACGACAUCCUCAUUGAGAAAACUUUCGUGCCAGAGGAGUGUGUGCGCGCAGUCAAAGUGGGGGAUUAUGUCAGGUAUCACUACAACGGCGUGUUUCCGGACGGCAAGAAGUUCGACUCGAGUUACGACCGUGGCAGCACCUACAACGUGUUUGUGGGCAAGAAGCAGCUGAUCGAAGGGAUGGACAAAGCUCUGGUGGGGAUGUGUGUCAACGAGAGACGCCUGGUCAAGAUCCCACCUCACCUCGCAUACGGAAAAAGGGGAUACGGUGACAUCAUCCCCCCUGACUCCAUCCUCCACUUUGAUGUCCUGCUCCUUGACGUGUGGAACCCAGAGGAUGGCGUCCAGAUCAAAACCUACCACACCCCCCCCACCUGCUCCAGAAAAGUGGAGGUGUCUGACUACGUUCGCUACCACUAUAACGGCACACUGCUGGACGGGACACUGUUUGAUUCCAGCCACACCCGCAUGCGUACCUAUGACACAUACGUUGGGAUCGGGUGGCUGAUCGCUGGUAUGGAUCAGGGCCUUCUGGGGAUGUGUGUUGGAGAGAGACGCAUCAUCACUAUGCCACCAUCACUUGGAUAUGGAGAGAAUGGAGACGGUAGUGACAUCCCAGGACAGGCAUCUCUUGUGUUUGAUGUCGUGCUUCUGGACCUCCACAACCCCAGAGAUGGGAUCACAGUGACCAAUCAGGUGGUGCCCGAGCCCUGCACGAGGAAGACCGUCGCUGGAGACUUUGUACGCUACCACUACAACGGCAGCCUCCUUGAUGGAACAUUUUUUGAUUCCAGCUACUCUCGUAAUCGCACCUAUGACACCUAUGUGGGACAAGGCUACGUGAUUGCCGGCAUGGAUGAAGGUCUGAUUGGAGUCUGUGUCGGAGAGAGGCGCACCGUCAUCAUCCCCCCACAUCUUGGCUAUGGAGAGGAGGGCACAGGCUCUAAGAUCCCUGGCUCAGCUGUGCUGGUGUUUGACGUUCACAUCAUCGACUUCCACAACCCAUCAGACAGCACUGUGGUGACCGUAAUUCACAUGCCGGAUGAGUGUGAUAAGCAAACCAAGAAGGGAGACUUUGUCAAGUAUCACUACAACGCCUCUCUGAUGGACGGCUCAUCCAUCGACUCCACGUAUAAUUAUGGAAAGACAUACAACAUCGUCCUGGGAGCCAACCAGAUAGUCCCAGGGAUGGAGGAUGGACUGAUGGACAUGUGUGUAGGAGAGAGAAGACACCUUGUCAUUCCUCCUCACCUGGGCUAUGGGGAGAGAGGAGUCACUGGGGAAGUUCCAGGGAGUGCUGUGCUGGUGUUUGACAUCGAGCUUGUAGAGAUGGAGGAAGGACUCCCUGAAGGCUACAUGUUCAUCUGGAAUGAGGAUGUAUCUCCCGACCUCUUCACUGAGAUGGACACAGAUAAGGACAAGCAGGUGGAGCCCUCUGAGUUUACUGACUACAUCAUGAAGCAGGUGAGCGAGGGUAAAGGCCGCCUGGCUCCCGGCUUCGAUCCUUAUCGCAUCAUUGAAAACAUGUUCUCCAACCAGGACCGCAAUGGAGACGGAAAGAUCACAGAGGCAGAGUUCAAACUAAAAGCAGAUGAAGCCACCACUCACGAUGAGCUAUGACGGGGCUGAGUGUAAAACUCAGAUCAGGGUGAAGGCUGAAGGGUCAGACAGCGGGGUUGUUAUACAUAUGUGGGUGGUAGAGUAGAAAAUGAUGGGGUUGUGUGUGUAAAGUGAGUGGGUGUGAAGCGAGAGAGAUUUUGUUUUAUUUUUAUUUUGAAGAUUUAGAUGAUGGUCAAAGGGCGUCUUGUCCUUUAGAGGGAUAGUUCAGAUUUUUUGAAGUGGGGUUGUAUGAGGCACCUAUCCAUAGUUAGUGUGUUACAUAGAGUAGCUGUCAGUGGGCAUGCUCCCAGUUUGGAGAAGCAGACAAGGAUACUUCCACAGAAGCUAAGCAAUGCACUGCUGUGGACAGGUGCAGCAAGAAAACAUAUUUUAGCCGCCUAAAAUGAGGACUAUGUGAUUGCCAAAGCCAGUGUGAGAUAGGAAGAUGUAAAGAUAACUUCAGAAAAACAAAGAAAAAAUGUAGACAUUGCUAUUUAAUUUAACAUAGAAAUCAGCACAGUGCAAGUGGUCAGCACAGGAAUAUACAAGCGAUCAAGGUAGCGACAGACCAGCAACUCCCAUGUUAAACGAUGGAAAAUUCUGAAGAGAGCAGUGUAACGGCUUCAGUUCAUCACCUGUUUGAAGGCAAGAUAAAGUAAUAAAAAAUAUGUUUUACUGCUGCCCCCAUCUACUGCAAUACUUUGCUUAUCUUUUGGGGUGGUGCUGUCUGCUUCUCCACACUGGGGGCACUGACUAUGGGUAAGUCCCCCAUACAACCCCACUUCAAAAAAACCUGAACUAUGCUUUUAGGAGCCAAAUGAGUCUGAGAAGAAGAAAGAGCGUGAUUUAGGAGUGAGAUUAUUUUGAGAUCUAAAUACUGGGAAGAAAACAGGGUCUACGAUGACAGCGAAUGACCUUUUUUUACCUCCUCUCCCAUCAAGUUGUUGUCUUGUUUUAUGUGACUUUUUUUUAUUUGAAGGGUACAAA